AUGCAAGAAUACGGAGACUUGCUUCUUCUGUCAUUCUUGAGAUCACGUUUGAGAACAUACCGUCCAGUUCUAAAAUUUUGCGGUGUAUCAGAUGUUAAGCAUGUUUUGAUUUGUUCCAGUAGCCGGAUCGAGCUGGGAGAUGUGACGCCACACAACAUUAAGCAGCUGAAGAGGCUAAACCAGGUCAUUUUUCCUGUCAGCUACAAUGACAAGUUCUACAAGGAUGUACUGGAGGUUGGCGAACUAGCCAAAUUAGCCUAUUUCAAUGAUAUUGCAGUGGGAGCAGUGUGCUGUAGGGUGGAUCACUCUCAGAACCAGAAGAGACUGUACAUCAUGACACUCGGAUGCCUGGCACCAUACCGAAGGCUAGGAAUAGGAACUAAAAUGUUGAAUCAUGUCUUAAACAUCUGUGAAAAAGAUGGCACUUUUGACAACAUCUAUCUGCAUGUCCAGAUCAGCAACGAGUCUGCAAUUGACUUCUACAGAAAGUUUGGCUUUGAGAUCAUUGAGACGAAGAAAAACUACUACAAGAGGAUAGAGCCUGCAGAUGCUCAUGUGCUGCAGAAAAACCUCAAAGCCCCUUGUCUUGGCCAGAACGCAGAUGUGCAAAAGACCGACAACUGAACAAAACCCCAACGAACACUUUCUUGCACUUGCUUGUCGCCAAAUAAGGAAAGAGAGGCCUCUUGAUUUUUUUUAUUU